CAACGUGAGUCUACCUCAUACAUCCAUGGUCUGAGCCUCCUUCGUCCUUAUUGCACAGCAACUUAUAUGACUUAAAAUAUGAUUUGCACGUUUCUUUCCCAAAUCGGCACCCACGGAGAAUAAGCCGGCGGUCUGUGAACGGCUCAUCAGCAUGGAUGCUCGGACUCUGCAGGAGCUCGUAGCCGCCGCUGCCUGUCUGUACUCUGACAGGGCAGCUGUGACAUAUGACGGCGGGUCAGGGAGCCCCGUGUCCCUGCUGUACAGGGAUUUGGUUGAACUGGCCGGAGAACUCUCUCAUAUUAUACGAGAGAACUGCUCUCCUAAUAACGGCGCGAUUGGCUUGUAUUGCUGUGAUGAUUUGUUAAUUCCUGUCUGGAUCCUGGGGAUCCUGCAAUCAUCUGCUGCCUAUGUCCCACUGGACCCAGAAGCUCCAGGACUCCUCUCUGCCAGGGUCAUGAACCAGUGUGGCCUCAAGUACUGUGCAGUGAAGACAGACAUCCUGCAGCGAUUGCAGGCAGCUCUUGUCAAACAGACAUCCAUUGAGGUGUGUGUGGUGCUGCCCAAGUUCAAACUAACCCUGAUACGAAUCAAGCUGCUGCCGGUUACUGAGCCCAAACAAGGACCAGAUCACACCAGAGCUCGGACAGCAGAUGGCGCUGGGCUCUGUGAGGCAGCUGCACACAGAGACCUGGCGUAUGUGCUCCACACAUCUGGUACAACUGGCCUUCCAAAGAUAGUGAGGGUUCCACACAAGUGUAUUCUGCCUAAUAUACUGCAUCUGAGAUCUUCGUUUCAGAUGAGUGCAGACGAUGUGGUUUUCCUUGCCUCGCCCUUAACCUUUGACCCCUCUGUGGUGGAUAUUUUCCUGGCCUUAUCAUCUGGGGCUCAGCUCCUCAUUAUCCCUUCUGUGAUCAAGAAAAUGCCCAGUCGACUGGCUCGAUUGCUGUUCAAGGAUCACAAGACGACUGUCCUACAGGUCACACCGACGCUGCUGGUCCGCUUCGGGCACCGUAUCCUAAUGCAGGAGGUGCUGUCUUCUGGCUCCUCAUUGCGGGUGUUGGCUCUGGGCGGAGAGGCCUGCCCCUCGCCAGCUCUGCUGAGGAGCUGGAGACACCAGAACAACAAAACACACAUGUACAAUAUCUACGGCAUCACUGAGGUGUCCUGCUGGGCCUGCUUGUACAAAAUACCAGAGUCUCUACUGCAGUCUAGCAACCCCACGGUGUCCUUUGUGCCUCUCGGGACUCCUCUUAUGGACACGUUGGUGGAAGUGAGAGAUGAACACGGCGUCAUUGUGACAGAGGGUGAAGGGCAGGUGUUCAUUGGUGGAGAGGACAGAGUGUGUCUCCUGGAUGAUGAGGAGACUGCAGUCCCUGGGACGAUGAGAGCUACUGGAGACUGGGUGACUGUUAAAGACACACAGCUGUGCUACCUGGGACGGAAAGACAGGCUGAUUAAACGCCACGGAAAACGGGUGAACUUGGACAGCUUGCAGCACCUCAUCUUGAGUCUGCCUCAGGUGGAGGCCUGUGCCGUGGGUCUGUAUGAAGGCCUUCGGUUGCUCGCCUACGUUGUGGCGUCCACAUCUGGAGACCAGAAAUCAGCUUCCCCGCUUGCGUCUGUGGAACAGACACCGUCAGCCUCGGCUGAGCAUCGGGAACACCUCCCCUCUUCUGUAAAGCCCCACCGGGGGGCGACGCACGGUGCAGAUGAGAAUCUGAGCAGACUCAUCCUGAACCAGCUGUCUCUGCUGCUGCCCUCUCACAGCGUUCCUGACACGCUGGUGCUGGUGCCAGCCUUGUGUCUGACUCCUCACGGCAAAGUAGACAUGGAGGCACUUAUGAAAAUAUACCAAAGACAGAGACAGUGCUCUGAUUCUUCACGGGGAGACAUCACAAAACUAAAGCAAACUCUUAUAUCCUUGUGGCAGGAAACUCUAGGUCUUCCCGAAGAUGCGACCAUUGACGAAAAAUCGAACUUCCUGUUGAGCGGAGGAGAUUCCCUGAAGGCACUACACCUCUGUGAGGACAUCCUCGCUGGUGUGGGAGUGACCUCACCAGAGCUUUUGGAAGUUAUACUUGACGGAACUUUCUCUGACAUCCUGUGCCAUGUUGCGAGAGUAACACUGAUGGUGCCGUCAUCGCAGUCUGAGGCCGAGAAACGGAACGCCGAUGCUCCCGCCGCAGUGCCAGCGAAGAGAGAACGCAAAGAGGCCACAGCAGCAGAGAGGCUGCAGGGGGAGAAAUGGGCUGUUAAAGUUAUAAGACGAGCAGGUGAAGUGAUAGAAAUGAAAAUCAGAAAUCCAGAGACCAGUACAAACUUCCGGGCUGAUGUAAAAGAAAAGGGUUGUAGUAAGAAAUGUGCACAAGAUGUUCUGGGCCUCAGUCUGAGCUGGUCCUCAGACACAGGCAGAUGUGUGGACGCCUCCCCGGUGCUUCUAGUACAAGAUAGAACAGAUCCGAGUUCCCACGAAGGUGAAACAGCAGUGUUCAUCGGCUCCCACUCUCACAGAAUCCAGGCUUUAGAACUGAUCACUGGGAGCCUUCUGUGGGAGCGAGUUCUCGGGGACAGAAUCGAAGCCUCUGCCGCAGUGUCUCGCUGCGGGAGCCUUGUCGUGAUAGGUUGCUACGACGGCUGUGUGUAUUUCUUAUGCACUGCCUCUGGAGAGACACGGUGGAUAUUUCAGACGGGAGACGCUGUGAAGAGCUGCCCUGCUGUGGAUCCCCUCACAGGUCUGGUGAUAGUGGGCUCACACGACGGGUAUGUUUACGGCCUGAACCCAGAGGUUCAGCAGUGUGUUUGGAGGCGUCAGUGUCGGGGUGGAGCUGUGUUUUCCUCCCCAUACCUCCACACCUCACUCAGGCAGCUGUAUGUGGCUUCACUGGGAGGUCACCUACUCUGUCUCAACCCUGACAGUGGAGAGGUCCUGUGGUCCUACUGUAGAGACAUCCCGUUCUUCUCAUCACCCAAUGGCUCCUCUGGUCACAUGGUGAUUGGCUCUGUGGAUGGAAACAUCUGCUGCUUCAGCAACACAGGGAAACUGGUUUGGCAGUUUUUAACAAAAGGACCCGUCUUCUCCUCUCCGUGCGUCACACCAGACCAUCAGAGGGUUCUGUGCGGGUCACAUGACGGUUGCCUGUACUGUUUAAACUGCGCUGACGGCUCUUUAGUUUGGACUUUCCAGACCACAGGGAAGGUGUACUCCAGUCCUUGUGUGUUUGAUGGCUCUGUUGUGGGCAAGAGGAGGAUUCUGGUGGCCCUGGCCUCCACAGACGGUACAGUGUGGAUCCUAGAUGGACAAGAUGGACAAAUGCUGGCCUCAUUCACUCUACCUGGGGAGCUGUUUUCUUCCCCAGUGGUGUGGGAAAAGUCUCUCGUAGUUGGGUGCCGCAAUGACUUUGUGUAUUGUUUAAAGCUGACUGUCAAAGAAGAAACAUAGAAGCAUAAGACGCAUUGCUGCACUUUAUAUAAACACUGAUUGCUUUUUGUCAAUGUCAGAGCAGAGAGUGUGCUUUGGGAAAUAAACUUUAAUUAAAGUUCAGGGAAAUAA